CAGCGACUCCUCUCGGCUGCAGCGCAGCGUGGCGUGUGUGAGUGAGUGAGAGAGAGAGAAAGGUAGAUAGAUAGAUAGAGAGAUAGAUAGAGAGAUAGAUCGAUAGAUAGAACGCGUGGGUUUUGAUCAGUAAGAGGUGAAACACACACAGGUUGAGGAUGAGUGUGGUUAUGCCUCAGAAGAAGUUUUAUCGGCAGAGAGCUCACUCUAACCCCAUGGCCGAUCACACGUUCGAGUAUCCUGUGUGUCCGGAGCAGAUGGACUGGUCUCAGCUUUAUCCGGAGUAUUUCAGCUCAGACAGAGAGCAGAUGGAGACUGAAGGACAGAACAGUCAUGUGGAGUUUGCUGAUAUUGGGUGUGGAUACGGAGGACUGCUGGUGGAGUUAUCACCACUGUUCCCUGAUCAGUUGAUCCUGGGGCUGGAGAUCCGGGUGAAAGUCUCAGAUUACGUUCAGGACCGAAUCCGAUCUCUCCGAGCCUCAGAACCUGGAAAAUACCAGAACAUCGCCUGCCUGCGCAGCAAUGCCAUGAAGUACCUCCCCAACUUCUUCACCAAGGGUCAGCUCAGUAAAAUGUUCUUCCUGUUCCCGGAUCCACAUUUCAAAAAAACAAAGCACAAAUGGAGGAUCAUUAGUCCAACUUUAUUAGCGGAAUACGCAUACACACUCCGAGUCGGGGGUUUAGUUUACACCAUGACAGAUGUAGAGGAAGUGCAUGUGUGGAUGGUGAAACACUUCACAGAACAUCCACUGUUCAGCCGCGUGUCAGAGGAGGAGCUGAAAGAUGAUGUCAUUGUUGGCCGUUUGGGAACAUGUACAGAAGAAGGGAAGAAGGUGCAGAGAAACGGAGGGAAGAACUUCCUCGCUGUGUUCUGCAGAGUCAAGGAUCCAAGCUAAAAUACAUUCCUCCAACUCCAGACUGAUCACAUGACCAUCAAAGCCCUUGAUCCAAGUCCUCUAAAAUUCAGGACUGAUAAGAUCUACUUUUAUUCGUCUCUUAUAUUUCUGAUCACAUGACCCUUAAAGCUACCACGAUCACGUUUCUGCACGUUUUCACACGUCCUGUUCUUCAGAGACAGAGCUGGUUCAUGUUUCACACGUGUGUACACUCUGAGAUCACAUGUUUUAUGAAUAAUAAACGUUUAAUUAUUUUAGUUUAUUUUAGUUUUUUAUUGUUUGAUUAAUGAUCAGAACAAUAAAGUAGAAAGUAUUUUUUCA